UUUUACUAAUGGACGCGUAGAAGAUGACUCAGAUUAUUUAGGAGCAAAGACUACCUGAACUGCUACUGCUACUAGAAUCUGGGAUGCCCAAAGGAAAUGAACACAAUGAACGUGGAUUUAAAGCAAACGUUUGCGCGCAUCAAGCCAGUGUGCGAUAUUGUGAUGAUGUGCCCCAACGCGGACUCCAUCGCGCAGUUCACCAGCCGCGUGGGCGAGCUGAAGAAGGAGGCCGUGCAAGAGCUGCAACAGUACCUCUUGUUCCCAUUCAUAACACAUAUAAAGUCUACUGAAAUUGAGAAAAAAUAUGAGCUCCAGUGGAGGAUAAUAGAUGCCAUGCGAGUGGUGCUGGAAAAAGUAACUGUGAUCAGCUUCGAGAUGUGCAUCAAGAUAGAAACAGGGCUGCUCAGCCUGGUGUUCGACAACUCCAAGCCUGGCAUGGUUGCGGAUGUACCAGAAGAGCUAAAGCACUCUGUUAUGAAGUGCCUAACAGUGCUAAUGCUGCACAUCGACGACUGCGUCCGCAAGAAAAUGCUUCGCACGCAGGUGCCGCUUAUCGCGCAGGCUGUCUUCGUGUCCGUCCAUCUUGCCAAGCUGGAGAGGCUCAGGGCGCUAAGACUGGCAGCUAUCGACUCCGUAACAGCGCACACCGCGUGCCACCGCCAGCUGACGGACGCGUACCACAUAAAGGACAUACCGCUGGAGGCGCUGGUGGUGGACAUGCUGGCCAGCAUCCUGCCCGGCGUGCUGGCCGCGCUGCAGGACGUAGCCACCUGCCACGACAAUCCCGGACACGCGGUGAUAGUGGCAGCGAUUGACGCGAUACACCGCAUAUUGUGUCUCACGAUGAACGACAAAUACUUGCUCAAGCACUCGAACAUAACGGCCGAGCACUUCGCUAAGAUGGUCAUAGACAAGCGAAAACCUAACAAAGAAGUAAGCAGUAAGGAAAAGAAUCCCAAGGAGAUAUCCAAACGUUCAGCGGAGUGGUUCGCGAUGGCGGGCGAGAAGCUGGUGCUGAUCAGCAAGAGUCUGUCGGAGCUGAUCACGUACGAUCACCCUAAAGUGCGCCGCGAACUUGGCGUGUACUGCGACAGGCUGCUCACUGAGUGCCACCAGCGUUCAGCGGAGUGGUUCGCGAUGGCGGGCGAGAAGCUGGUGCUGAUCAGCAAGAGUCUGUCGGAGCUGAUCACGUAUGAUCACCCUAAAGUGCGCCGCGAACUUGGCGUGUACUGCGACAGAGUUAAUAUCCCCAAGGAGAUAUCCAAACGUUCAGCGGAGUGGUUCGCGAUGGCGGGCGAGAAGCUGGUGCUGAUCAGCAAGAGUCUGUCGGAGCUGAUCACAGUUAAUAUCCCCAAGGAGAUAUCCAAACGUUCGGCGGAGUGGUUCGCGAUGGCGGGCGAGAAGCUGGUGCUGAUCAGCAAGAGUCUGUCGGAGCUGGUCACGUAUGAUCACCCUAAAGUGCGCCGCGAACUUGGCGUGUACUGCGACAGGCUGCUCACUGAGUGCCACCAAACAAUGCAGCCAUCCGUCUCCAUCGCACUCGACCAGCUGGUGGCGCUCUCUGGCGACUGUCACCCCGAGGUGUCGGAGUACUGCUCGAGCGCGGUGCGCGCGCACUGCGGCCAGCACGCGGCCGACACUCUGCGGGACAACUUCGCGGGCAUCGUCGCCGGCCUGCCGCGGGUGCUGAACAACGUCGAUUCCGGCCGCAAAUUAACAGCGCUCAACAGGCUAUACGGCUACAUCCAGGUGAUGAUGGACUCGGCGCAGCCGCAGACGCUGACCGCGGCGCUCAGCACGGAGCACUCGCUCCAGAGCUUCGUGUCCGCGCUGCUGGAGGCGGCCGCGCUGCACACCGACCUAGUGCUGCUCGCGCGCCACACGAGAGGUACAGACUAUACUACGCAGACGCUGACCGCGGCUGUCAGCACGGAGCACUCGCUCCAGAGCUUCGUGUCCGCGCUGCUGGAGGCGGCCGCGCUGCACACCGACCUAGUGCUGCUCGCGCGCCACACGAGAGGUACAGACUAUACUACGCAGACGCUGACCGCGGCUGUCAGCACGGAGCACUCGCUCCAGAGCUUCGUGUCCGCGCUGCUGGAGGCGGCCGCGCUGCACACCGACCUAGUGCUGCUCGCGCGCCACACGAGAGGUACAGACUAUACUACGCAGACGCUGACCGCGGCUGUCAGCACGGAGCACUCGCUCCAGAGCUUCGUGUCCGCGCUGCUGGAGGCGGCCGCGCUGCACACCGACCUAGUGCUGCUCGCGCGCCACACGAGAGGUACAGACUAUACUACGCAGACGCUGACCGCGGCUGUCAGCACGGAGCACUCGCUCCAGAGCUUCGUGUCCGCGCUGCUGGAGGCGGCCGCGCUGCACACCGACCUAGUGCUGCUCGCGCGCCACACGAGAGGUACAGACUAUACUACGCAGACGCUGACCGCGGCUGUCAGCACGGAGCACUCGCUCCAGAGCUUCGUGUCCGCGCUGCUGGAGGCGGCCGCGCUGCACACCGACCUAGUGCUGCUCGCGCGCCACACGAGAGGUACAGACUAUACUACGCAGACGCUGACCGCGGCUGUCAGCACGGAGCACUCGCUCCAGAGCUUCGUGUCCGCGCUGCUGGAGGCGGCCGCGCUGCACACCGACCUAGUGCUGCUCGCGCGCCACACGAGAGGUACAGACUAUACUACGCAGACGCUGACCGCGGCUGUCAGCACGGAGCACUCGCUCCAGAGCUUCGUGUCCGCGCUGCUGGAGGCGGCCGCGCUGCACACCGACCUAGUGCUGCUCGCGCGCCACACGAGAGACGUGCCCGCAACAGCGCCGUUAUCGCCGCCGUGGCUGCGGCUGCGGCACCUGGACGACGCGGCGGCCGCGCGGCUGUGGAGCACAGCGCUGCUGCUGGGCGGCGCCGAGUGCGCCUCGCUGCUGCUCGACCGGCUCGAGCCGCGCGAGCCCGAGAGCGCCGCGCUGGCCAACCUCCUCGUCUCAACUCCAGACGCCCCAGUGGAACUGGCGGAACGCGUGCUCAACGCGUACACGGAGGAUAGUGUGUGGUACCUGCCACUGGAGGUGGGUAGCGAAGAACCGCUCUCCACGCACGAGACCCUCGACCCCUCCGUGUACGACCCCCGCGCCUGGACCAAGGACAGCGUGCCAGGCCUGUACGAGGGCGCUACUGAGACGCGCUACACGGGCAUCAGCUACUCGGCGCCGCGCGCGCCGCGCCGCGCCGCCGGCACGUGCGCCACGCUCGGCGAGGCGCAGCGCAACAUGGCGCUCGCCUGCAUCCUCACCGAGGGCGUCGGCCUCGCGGCGAGGAGGCUCAUGGACCACUUCCAGCCCUAUCUGCUCAAGACGCUCUGCAUGAUAUUGGAGAGAGUCGGUAGUAGGUACGAGAUGCUACACGUAGCCGGGGUGGUAGCCAUCAGCGACAUCGCGGCGGCGUGCGGCCACGACUCCGUGCCCGACCUCAUACGCUGCAACGCCGACUACUUCACGCACCAGAUCUCCGUCCGGCUCAAAAAGGCUUGGAACACCGAGUCAGCACUUCAAAUCCUGUCCGUGGUCAUGCAGUACAGUGACGCCAGUAUACUGGACUGUCUUUAUGGAAUAGUGGAAGACGUUCUAGUCCAAAGUUUGGAUAAAUAUCACGAGAAAAACUUACAAGCGUACCUUCAAGUGUUCCUGACAUUCAUCACCCGUAUCCGGAAAUGGUUUCCUGCGGAGGACGAAUCAAAAACGGCAGAAAAAAAGAAAAGUGAACAGGACCAAGAAAUUGACGUGUUGAAGGACCUGAUGGAAUACCUGGCGCAUACUGAGGAGAUGGACAGGCUGAUGACCAACGAGGCGGAGACGACACAAAGCGCAGAAGAGAUGUAUAAAGAAGAUCAAAAAAUUAGGGAGGAAGGAAUUCUGGACUAUGAUGAUAAAGUUACAGAGGAAACCCCUCCCCUGCCGCGGCAUAUCGUCGUGACGCGAACUAUUCUGAAGCGGUGCCUCAACUUCCUUACGUCGAAGAAUACCGAGGUGGCCAUCCUAGCGCUGCAGGUCCUAAACGAGGGUUUCCCGAUCCUGGCCGCGUACCCGGACGAGCUGCUGCCGCUCGCGCACUCGUGCUGGGCGCCGCUGGCCGCGCGCUGCGCCGGCGACGACGCCGUGGUGCUGCGCCGCGCGCUCGAACUCCUUGUUACUAUGGCGGCGCUGGCUAAGGACUUCCUCAGGCAACGGGCGGCUACGGACGUGUUACCUCACAUAUACGUGUUCCUGCACAAGUCGGCGCGCGAGAGCCACCUGAAGGACGCGGGCGCCGCUUACCGCACCUCUGCCGCAUUCCGGCUACAGGCGAGCGCGCUCAACGCUCUCCGUACCCUGGCGUCAGACCUGGUGCUGGAGAACGACCGCCUGCAGGACGCGAUGGCGUGUGUCGACGACUACCUCAGCCGCAAGCAGCCCAAGCCUCUACAGGAGCUUGCUGUGAAGUUCUUCAAAGCAAUGCUGGAGUACGACUACGGCGCGACCUGGUACCACCUGCGCGCGCUCGCCGACAACGAGUGCGUGCUGCCGCCGCCCGACUCCACGGCACAAGACAGAUACAACCUGGUGCCCGUCGUCGGCACCCCCUACUCCCCCACCAACAAGGAUCUCGAGCGUAACCUGGCGCUAGUGUUCGCGGGGCAACACCGCCACGGCUAGCACACGCCGUGUCUGCGGAAAUGCAGACGCGGCAAACGGAAACUUGCACGGUAAACUGAUUCGG